AUGGUGAUGACUCGCGCUUCUGCUAUGGGUGAUGGCGAAGGCAACUCAGAGAGUGAGGAGCUUCGGGUUCGCGUGGAGGUGAACGAAGCUAGGACCAAGCAGGUUGAAGACGCAAUUGCAGAGACUGCAGUUCGAGCUAGGAGGAUUGAGGAUACACUUCACGCAGUGCUCACUAGGUUGGGAAUCGCAACCCUAGAUGAGGUAGGGACGUGUGAUGUGCGAUCUGAAACUGUCUUGGAGUCCAAUUUGGAUCGUGACAGAACAGGGAGCAAAUGGAGGAAGCUGGAAAUUCCAGUGUUUGGCGGUGAUGAUGCAUUUGGCUGGGUACAAAAAUUGGAGAGAUACUUCCAAUUGAGGGAAGUUACUGAAGAAGAAAAGAUGCAAGCAACCUUGCUUGCUCUAGAAGGGAAAGCACUGAGUUGGUUUCAGUGGUGGGAAAGGUGCAAUCCUAGGCCUUCGUGGGAAGCAUUCAAAGUGGCUGUAGUGAGGAGGUUUCAACCUGCCAUGAUGCAAAAUCCUUUUGAGUUACUACUGUCUUUGAAACAAACUGAUACUGUAGAAGUCUUUGUGGAGGAAUUUGAGAAAUAUGUAGGGGCUCUAAGAGAUAGAUCAAGAUUUUGCCAAGGGAAUCUUCUUGAAUGGCUUGAAGGAGGAGAUUCGUGUAGAGGUAAAACUUUAUGA